CUUCAAUUAAUUCACAACUUCCUCUUCCUUAUUUUCAUUUGAGACAGACACGACACCCGUCUCCGUAGACAAGAAAAUUUGAGAGAGAGGGAGAGAAAAAGAGGAGAGUGAGGAUCUCUAUGACCAACCUGCCUCAGUCUCUUUCCAUCAACGCUCCUUUCGUCGGUUCCGGGAACGUAGUCGGAGCUCAGGUGAACAAAGAUCGGAAAAUGCAAUCGGCCGAACAGCUAGUGCUCGAUCUCAGCAACCCCGAUCUCAGAGAGAACGCUCUUCUCGAACUUUCCAAGAAGAGAGAACUAUUUCAAGAUUUGGCUCCGUUAUUGUGGAAUUCUUUUGGUACUAUUGCUGCACUCUUACAGGAGAUAGUUUCAAUAUACCCUGUUCUAUCACCACCAAACCUGACUCCGGCACAAUCAAACAGAGUCUGUAAUGCACUUGCACUUCUUCAGUGUGUCGCCUCCCAUCCAGACACAAGAAUGUUGUUCCUCAAUGCUCAUAUUCCUUUAUAUCUGUAUCCUUUUCUUAACACAACAAGCAAAUCAAGGCCUUUUGAGUACUUGAGGCUUACUAGCUUGGGCGUCAUUGGUGCCCUGGUGAAGGUUGAUGAUACAGAGGUGAUUAGUUUUCUCCUCUCAACAGAAAUAAUUCCACUGUGCCUUCGUACGAUGGAGAUGGGAAGUGAAUUAUCGAAAACAGUUGCCACAUUUAUAGUUCAAAAAAUUCUACUGGAUGAUGUGGGCUUGGAUUAUAUAUGCACUACAGCAGAGCGGUUUUUUGCAGUAGGCCGAGUUUUGGGGAAUAUGGUUGCAGCACUUGCAGAACAACCGUCAUCAAGGCUGUUAAAACAUAUUAUUCGUUGUUACCUUCGGCUAUCUGAUAAUCCAAGGGCUUGUGACGCAUUAAGAAGUUGCCUUCCAGACAUGCUAAGAGAUGCCACCUUCAAUAGUUGCCUCCGUGAAGAUCAAACAACAAGGAGGUGGCUACAACAGUUGCUUCACAACGUUCAAGGGGCCCGUGUUGCCCUACAGGCUGGGGGAGGAUUUGAUCAUAUGCUGGUGAACUAAAUUGACAUGCCAUGUUUUUUGAAAUCGUCUUCUGUUGUUACUUGUAGCCAGGCAUUGCCAAUGUUUAUUUAUCUAAUUUUUAUCGCAAUCUAGGGUACUGGUUAGUAAACUAAUGUAUAUGGGAAAUGUGGACUGGCAAAACAUUCAUUAUCUAGUUUACUCAAGUUAUUUUGAUAUAUUCUUUCAA